GGCAGGGGCGUCGGACCAACGAAGGACCACAUCUAUCUGCAGCUGUCGCACCUUCCUGCGCAGCAGCUGCACCAGCGUUUGCCAGGAAUCUCCGAGACGGCGAUGAUUUUCGCUGGCGUCGACGUGACACGCGAUCCGAUCCCCGUGCUUCCAACGGUGCACUACAACAUGGGCGGCGUGCCCACCGUCUACACCGGACAGGUGAUCCAGUACGACAAGAACCGUGGCGACGUGCCCGUGCGCGGCCUGUACGCGGCAGGCGAGGCCGCUUGCGCGUCCGUGCACGGCGCAAACCGCCUCGGCGCCAACUCGCUGCUUGACCUCGUCGUGUUCGGCCGUGCGUGCGCGAUCGCCAUCAUGGAGAAGGACAAGCCCGGCGACGCCCUGCCCGAGAUGAAGGCUAAUGCCGGAGAGGAGUCGGUAGCAAACAUCGACAAGCUACGAUACGCUGAUGGCGGCACUCUGGUCGCAGAACUGCGUCUGCAGAUGCAGAAGCAAAUGCAGACGAACGCUGCCGUGUUCCGGACGGGCGAGGUGCUGCAGGAGGGAUGCCGCGGCGUCACCGAAUGCUUCAAGGGACUGGAAGAUCUCAAGUUGGUUGACAGGGGCAUGGUGUGGAACUCGGACCUCGUGGAGGCCCUGGAGCUGCAGAACCUGCUCCUCAACUCACUGGAGACGGUGUACAGCGCCGAGGCGCGCAAGGAGAGCCGCGGCGCGCACGCUCGUGAGGACUUCAGGGAACGCAUUGACGAGUUGGACUACAAGAAGCCGUUGGCAGGUCAGGAGAACGUCCCCUUCGAGAAGCACUGGCGAAAGCACACCAUGGUCGGGUGUGACCACAACACUGGCAAGAUCAAUCUGCACUACAGACCGGUGAUAGAUGCGACAAUGGAUGCGAAUGACUGCCCAACAGUACCUCCAGCUGUCAGAUCGUACUAGUCCCGCUGACAAUUCAAGCCACACAAUGUCUCAGACAGAUGCACAACACCUGCAGCACCGGCGCAGUAACCGAAGGCAAUAGUGUGCACACAUAGUGGUAGCGAGUGUGGCUGCCUGUUAACUUAGUCCCGAGGUCUAUCGCACCGCAGUUGCUUCUACGCAAGAAUGUACUUGCAUCACAUUCACUAUCAGCUAUGCUUAACUUGGGUGGCCCGGGAACGGGUAAGCGGUACUGAAAACGUGGGUUUCCAUCGUAGCGGCUCUCCGGGUUUCCGUUCUAGAGGUGUAUCGUUCGUGCACGUGAGAGUCAAGCGUCUGACGAGGCGGUCUCAUGCUCUAGGGCGUCACAGCGAGAUGCAUGACUGCCUGCACGGAGCCGGCUCCGCCGCCCACGUUCAUAACUGCUUGACCGUCUAAUUAUUGUAGAAGGAAUCCAUCUUCAUGUGGACAUCCACAUCUGUGUUCUCCCACCUGUGACCGUAGUGAAUAUAGAUCUUUCCCACUAGGUUUCUAGAGAGAAUUAGCUGCAUGCAUGUUUUGAUGGGGUUUCUGUUUACUAAUUGCUCACCUUGUUGACCAGUAAGUACUACGUGGUUCUUUGUUAUUUAUUCUUCGAUGAUGUCACGUGGCAAGCUAACAGUUGUAUACAGUAGUUUUGGCAUAGUGGUGACCACUCCUGAUUGCAAAUCACAGACGUGCAUAAUGAUGAGGAAACUAUGGUAAUGGAAAUCAGAGACUAGUCAACUUACCAAUUAAUUACCAUUACCGCCCGUUUAUAGCUAGCUAUAUGAAGCACUAACGUCAGCCAGUAAGUAGAAGUUGGAAUUUGUACAGGCACUUGUAUAUCUGUGGCAGGUAUUGUGAACGAUGUGUUUUUUUCACUUACGUUUUCCCCUCCCCGCGAUCUCGUUUCAGAAUGAGAAUUUUACAUGGCAAUGUCUGUCGAUCGUCUCGUUUAAUUUGCGUCUGACGGAAUUUGCAGUCGUGAUUAAGUGUUUGUUGUUCAGUGGUUGAUGUAGUGGUGGUGCACACUGUGUGAUAGUGUUGGAUAGAUCUAGUACCUCGAACUCCAUACAAAUGAAUGACCGGCUGUAGUAAACAGACUUUGAUGUUACCACA